UCAGCUGGCCCUGUGCUGGCGCUCCCUGGCUGGUGCUUGGCAGGGCCCAGCACCCUUCUUGUGCCUCACAAGCUGAAUUCUGCUGGGCUGUGUCUGGGUCCCUCGCCCUUGUUCCAGAGGGAGGCAAGCACGGAGGCAGUGCUUUCCAUUGGGCCACCAUGGGCCUGGAGGCAGUGAAGGCCAGGGCGCUGCGCCUCGGGAGGCAGUCCUUCUUCUGGCUCCUGGCGGUAUUGUAUCGGUGCUGGCCAGCCUGCCUGACGCCUCCUUUGCGUUACAGACUGGUGUUUGGGAUGCUGUACCCGGCCUACGCUUCCUACAAGGCUGUGAAAACCAAGAACAUCCGGGAAUAUGUCCGCUGGAUGAUGUACUGGAUUGUGUUUGCUCUUUUUAUGGCUACCGAGACCAUCGCAGACACCUUCAUUUCUUGGUUUCCCUUCUAUUAUGAGAUCAAGAUGGCGUUUGUCGUGUGGCUGCUCUCUCCUUACUCGCGGGGGGCCAGCCUUUUGUACCGCAAGUUCAUACAUCCCACCUUGUCCCGCAGAGAGAAGGAAAUCGAUCUGCUCAUCCUGCAAGCGAAAGAGCGUGGCUACAAGACCCUUGUAAACUUUGGCAAGAAGAGCCUCAAUGUAGCGGCCUCAGCUGCUGUCCAGGCUGCAGCAAAGAGUCAAGGUGCCCUGGCUGGACGUCUGCGUAGCUUCAGCAUGCAGGAUUUGCGUUCCAUCCCUGACUCCGCUUCGGUGCAUUACACUGACCCGCUCUACCUGGAGGAACAAGAGCUCCACCGGCAGCCAAUAGGACACAGGACAGCCGCCCCACAGCUGGAAUCUGAUAGCAAUGAGGAGGAGGACUGCUGGUCGGACUCUGAGCUCUCUGCUGGUGUAAGGGGGCGCAGCAAGGACCCCUUGCUUUCUAAACCGCUGGCAAGGAGCCAGAGCCUGCGUGUCGUGAAGAAGAAGCCCCCAGUCAAAGAGGGCUCCACUCGACUGGUGCGAAGCCGCCCCAGGAAGAAGGUGGCAGAUCAGGACCGCUAGGCCCUGGCAAGGAAGCCGCAUUGGGCAAAUACUGAGACUCAUUGCCAGCGUUGGCACAUAGAAGGGCUGCGGGGGGAGCUUCACCGCUCGCGCUGCUGGCCUGGUCCAGGGCCUUGGGAUUUGCCUUUUUAGCUUACCGCAGCUAAAGUGGUCCAAAGUGUGGUGCUAAAGGUUGAGCUUCGGUUGUGGAGAGGGGCAGUUCUGAAGCAGGCCUCCAUCACUCAUGGAGGAGUCUGUGUUGGGGUCAGCAGCCUACGGGGCCUCCGCUUAUGCCUGCAGGCCAGCCCUUGGGUCACGCUUCUCUAUCUCUCUCAAAAUUGGGCCUUCAGUCACACGGGGGAUGGCCGGCCAGCCAGCCUACCUUCCUUUCUUCUGCACGGCUUUUCUGUUCACUCUUCCUCUUCUACCGCAUGCUCUUGCCGGCACCAGUAUCCUGUGCUGUCAACUGACUGCCUUCUCAAAUAGCAAGGCUGCCAGGGCAGCUUGCUGCAGGGUAUAAGGGCCUGCCUUGCCCAGGCACAGGCGCAAUUCCUGCUUUGCUCUUGUAAAGAUGGACGCUCCAUGCUGAGCCUCAGCAGGUGAUCAGUACAGCUGGAUGAGCGUUUGGGGGCCCGUCCACGUCCGCUUCUGGCUGGGGUACUAGGAUGGAAAACCAAGGACAAGCCGUAGCCUCUUGUGACCCCUCCCCUUCCUUGAUGUCACUUACGCCUCAGGCCCCUUCUCCAGUUCAAGCUCUCCUAUCUCCUCCAUCUGUUGAAGACACUAACUUGGCUACUUGCACACACCACAGCUGGCCUUAAGUGCAUUUGUAAUUGUAGGAUAUUUUUUAAAUAAACUCUCUGCUCUUGUAA